AGAAGGAGAGAAGAACAGAGAAAAAAACAGAGUCAGUUCUUAAACCAAUCAAUCAAAAUGUUGCGCAUUAUCUUCCUCUUAUCUCUCCUUUUUGCUCUAUCCAAUGCCUCUGUUCAAGACUUCUGUGUGGCCAACCUGAAACGUGCUGAAACCCCUGCGGGUUACCCUUGCAUUCGUCCCAUUCACGUCAAAGCCAAGGACUUUGUCUUUUCCGGUUUAGGCACUCCUGGGAACACUACAAACAUCAUCAGCGCUGCCGUCACGCCCGGUUUCGCCGCUCAGUUCCCGGGUCUGAAUGGUCUAGGCCUCUCUACAGCUAGACUUGACCUAGCUCCUAAAGGUGUGAUCCCAAUGCACACUCACCCUGGUGCCUCUGAGGUUCUUUUUGUCCUUGACGGCUACAUUACCGCUGGGUUUAUCUCCUCUGCGAACUCUGUCUACGUUCAGACACUAAAACCAGGACAGGUCAUGGUUUUCCCACAAGGUCUGCUUCACUUCCAGAUCAAUGCGGGGAAAUCAGCUGCUGCAGCCUUUGUCACUUUCAGCAGCGCUAGUCCUGGUCUUCAGAUUCUAGAUUUCGCGCUUUUUGCAAACAGUCUUCCUACUGAACUCGUCUCUGGUACUACUUUCCUUGACCCUGCUAUAGUCAAGAAGCUAAAGGGUGUUCUCGGAGGAACUGGCUAAAAGAUACUUGUGCUUUCAUUGACACUUUUCUCUUUGAUGGGUUCUUGUCUUCUAUGUUUUGUAGUCCUUGUAAUACCUGUCUACAUCAUUACAUUGUAUGUGAGUUUCUCAAUUAGGAUCCUGAGUUGGUCA